AUGUCAAGGCUCUCUUUCCCUGUCAGCGACCUGAUCGAAGGCCCAGGCCUGCUUGCUGCCUCCUUUGUGCUGGGUGUGCUUUUGCAUCUGGGGUAUUUCAUCCAUGGCGAGCACCAUAUGCUGGCCUAUCGCUACUUCCAAGCCCUCCUGGCCUUGCCGGUAGUUGCCACGCUGGCUCUUGUGCGCCAUGGCGUGCAGCCAGUCGCUGCGCUCGGCCUGGUUGCUGCGCUGACUGGUACCCUCCUCCUGGGGCUUUUUACGAGCAUGGCUGUCUAUCGCGGCUUCUUUCACCCCUUAGGAUCAUUCCCAGGACCGCUGCUCGCCAAAUAUUCGAAGCUAUGGCAUUUGUGGAUCGCGUCGCGUUCUGUUCGCAAUUUUGAGGAGAUAGACAAGCUCCACCGAGAGUAUGGGCCAUUCGUUCGCAUCGGUCCCAAUGAGUUGUCCAUUGUCCAUCCUGAUGCCAUGAAGGUGGUCCACGGGUCCGCUUCCAAAUGUUCCAAGGGGACCUGGUACGAUAGCACACCGGGAUUGACCUCGAUGCAUAGCACUCGGUCACGGUAUUUCCAUGAUCUUCGCCGUCGAAGCUGGGCCAAAGGAUUCACUGCUCAAGCGUUGCGAGACUACGAAUCUCGAGUGAAGCUAUUCACUCAAUGUCUAACCCAACAAAUCGCCGCUCGCACGGGUCAGCCGUUGAAUGUCGCGCAGUGGUUCAACUACUAUAGCUUUGACGUCAUGGGCGAUCUUGCAUACGGCAAGUCUUUCGACAUGCUUGAGACAGGCGGCGGCCAUUGGGCGAUUGACCUGCUGAACGACGGUAUCUACUAUAUGGGGACCGUUGGCCAAGCCAUCUGGGCAGUCAUCCUCUUUACCCACGUGCCCAUACUCAACAGGAACUUUCGCCGGUUCCUAGCAUUCUGUGAGAAAAUGAUUGACGACCGGAUAGCGAUGGGGACCAAAUCUCAAGACAUCUCGACCUGGAUCCUCAACUCUCCUUCCAUGGCCGGCAGUGGUUAUACAGACAAAGCAUGGUUGCUGGGCGAUUCCCGCCUGAUCAUUGUGGCAGGCAGCGACACCACGGCCGCUACCUUGACACAUCUUUUCUACCAUCUCGUCAAGGAGCCGGCUCACAUCGAAACGCUCAGACAGGAGCUCGCCCCGCUCAAAGGAGAAUUCAACUUCACAUCUCUCCAGAAAUUGCCCUUUCUCAAUGCUCUGAUCAACGAGACCUUGAGAUUGCACCCUCCCGUACCGUCAGGGACUCAGCGUAUGACCCCGCCGGAGGGUAUACAGCUUGGAAACACCUACAUCCCUGGAGGUGUCAACAUCAUCAUCCCCUUCUACACCAUGUUCAGAGCCGAAAGCUGCUUUGAGCGACCGACCGAAUUCCUGCCGGAUAGAUGGUGA